AUGGCUGGCAACACUAAUCUGGCUGCGAUCAAGUUGGCUGUGGCUCUAGAAAAGAACAAGGCGCUCGAGUCUGAGAAUGAAUAUCUCAGGAAGAUUCUUAACACAAAAGGAAACUUAGGGAAUGAUUAUGGAAAUGAAGAUGAACUGAGGAAAAUCAGGAAAGCUCUUAAAGCAGCACGGGGGGAGAUAGAGUCUCUCAGGGCCUUGCAUGAUACGUUUCUGGAAAAUAGCUUUCACAUGAAAGAGCUCGAUAUCAUCAAGUACAUGGCGGAAUAUAAGAGGAUCUUGUUACAGAGUGAGAGCAGCUCUCCUUGUCAGUUGAAGCAAGAGGAAGAGAAGGGCUGGAUCAGCAGCAGCCAGCGAGAUCGCAAUCUCGAUUCAGAAACUUUGAAUUCUCCCCCGGCAGUGCACAGCCCCUCGAACACUAUGAAUGGUACCAAUGGAUCACCUCAGGGCCACAAGUAUAGCAGAACAAAUAUCGAUCAUGCGAGACAGAGCAAGAUUAGACAGAACGAAGUGGAAUUAAGGAAGCGAACUUCGGCUGAUGGAUGUGUAGAGUUUGAUUUCUAA